AUGGCGGCCGCCGUAAGGUGCCUCAAUAGAGUCUUGGUACAGCAUCAAAGACAUAAUCUUUCCAAGAUGGCUUACCAGACAUCUCUUUACCCUUGUUCUGGAAACAGUCUCUUACCUAGCAGACAUUUUGCUGCUGCUGCUACAAGGCCUGCAAGAAAAAAUAAAAAAGAUGCCAAGGAAAAGACAGCAGAUGAAAAAGCAGAUGAUAUAGAGAAAAUAAAGUCAUAUACCUACAUGGAAAGUGAGCCUGAAGAUGAUGUCUACUUAAAACGCUUAUACCCGAGGCGGAUCUAUGAAGUGGAGAAAGCUAUUCACUUACUUAAGAAAUUUCAAGUUCUGGACUUUACCAAUCCAAAGCAAGGUGUUUAUCUUGAUUUAACAUUAGAUAUGGCAUUGGGGAAAAAGAAAAAAGUGGAGCCAUUUUCUAGUGUUAUUGGUUUACCUUACCCUUUUGCUUCAGAAGUCAACAAAGUUGCUGUGUUUACAGGGAAUGCAUCAGAGAUUAAAAUAGCAGAAGACAAUGGAGCUGUGUUUGCAGGAGGAGCAGAGCUGGUUAAGAAGAUCUUGGAUGAUGAAGUUGUUGCAGACUUCUAUGUAGCUGUUCCAGAAAUAAUGACUGAGCUUAACCCAUUAAGGAAGAAACUGAAGAAAAGAUUUCCAAAGGCUACUAGAAAUUCCAUUGGUCGUGACAUCCCCAAAAUGCUUGAAUUAUUUAAAACUGGACAUGAAAUUAUGGUAGAUGAAGAAAGGCCGAACUUCCUCAGCACCAAAAUAGCAACAUUGGAUAUGCCAAGUGACCAGUUAGCUGCCAAUCUUCAAGCAAUUAUAAAGGAGGUCUGUAAACACAGACCACUGGAUCUGGGUCCGUUUGUGGUGCGAGCCUUCCUUCGUAGUUCAACCAGCGAAGGUUUGCUCCUGAAGACCGACUCAUUGUUGCCCAAAGAAGCCGAAACCAAAGAAGCUGCCUAGAAGUGUUGUACUGUGAAAUUAUUGGGGGUGGGAUCAAGAAAU